CAUGUAGAUUAGAGUGAAAAUGCUACAACUAAUUAGAAUGAUGCGAUGGAUGACUUUUGUAAUUUUAUUGCUGGUUGGGGAGCUGGAAUUGUCGGGCUUGUGGUUGGGCAUCCAAUGGAUACAGUUAAAACCAACCAGCAAAUGAUGAGCACCAAAAUAUCGAACUCUCAGAUAGCUUUAGAUAUUCUUGGAAAGGAAGGGGUUCAUGGACUCUAUAGAGGGAUGCUUUUUCCACUCCUGUGCUCUGGAACUAUGAAUGCAGUAUUUUUUGGAAUCUACGGAUAUUGCUUGCGGAAUUUGCAGGAAUUACGAGGUCACCGUGCCAGUUUGAACAUGCCCACUACUUCCAACUGGUAUCUGGAUACAUUCAUAGGGGGUUGCAUAGGUGGACUUGGUCAAGUUAUCGUAUCGUGUCCCAGUGACGUUGUCAAAGUUCGACUUCAAUCUGGAAAAGUUAUCUAAUUUAUUUACAUCGUAUU